CAAGCCCGUCCCAUUCGCUGCGCUGUGGGAAGGGGAAGAAGGAGGAGGAGGCGCACAGCCCUUUUGUUACCUGUAUUAGACUUACCUGGUCAGUUUAAGAUGCCUCCCAGAAUCAGGAACACGGAGCGAUGCGCACACGCUUCCAGGAAGACAGAUACGCAGAUGUUGUGUGUCAAGCUGCACAAGAAGGAAACUUGUUUUUCUGCCUUCCAGACGCAGCAAAGGGCUUGAAGAGCUAAUUAGAAUUUACCGUCAAAGUAAGGACGAAUAGGAGGCACUUCCUCCAAGAACUCCCUCACCUCUCUCUAGGCCGACCGAGUUUCAGAAGUGGACUAUUUGACUCAGACAUCAGCGCCUCACCUGAACGCAAACAUGGAUUUGACAAUAUCGAAGAUUUCCAAGGAGCUGCGGCUUGAUGUCACAGGAAAUAGAGGGCAUAUGAUCUGGGGGGGAUAGAGAGGUGCCUCCUCAUGCGAAAGGAACGCGCGUGGCCACUUUGUGUAACAGUGCAUGGCCUCUGGAUAAAGUGGGAACGAUCAUGCACAGACCCCCCCGAAAGUGGAGUCUCUACGUGUUCCUGAGUUUUGGCAUCCUAUACCUCCGACUAGGGGCCCUGUCCUCGGUAGUAGCUCUGGGUGCCAACAUCAUCUGCAACAAGAUUCCUGGGCUGGCACCUCGCCAGCGAGCUAUCUGCCAGAGCCGCCCAGACGCCAUCAUUGUUGUGGGCGAAGGUGCCCAAAUGGGCAUCAACGAGUGUCAGUACCAGUUCCGAUAUGGACGCUGGAACUGUUCGGCGCUGGGAGAAAGGACGGUCUUCGGACAGGAGCUGCGAGUAGGUAGCCGGGAAGCAGCUUUCACCUACGCCAUCACGGCAGCAGGGGUGGCCCAUGCCAUCACAGCGGCAUGCAGCCAGGGCAACCUGAGCCAGUGUGGCUGUGACCGGGAGAAGCAGGGCUAUUACAAUCAGGAGGAGGGCUGGAAGUGGGGCGGCUGCUCGGCUGACAUCAAGUACGGUAUCGAGUUCUCACGACGCUUUGUAGAUGCCCGUGAGAUUAAAAAGACUCCUCGUCGCCUGAUGAACCUGCACAACAAUGAGGCGGGCAGGAAGGUCCUAGAAGAGCGGAUGAAGCUGGAGUGCAAGUGUCAUGGCGUUUCAGGCUCCUGCACCACCAAGACAUGCUGGACUACACUCCCAAAGUUCCGAGAGAUCGGCUACCUACUUAAGGAAAAAUACAACGAAGCGGUGCACGUGGAGGUCGUCCGGGCGAGCCGACUGCGCCAGCCCACCCACCUCAAGGUGAAGCAGACACAGGGCUACCGAAAGCCCAUGGAGACGGACCUCGUUUACAUUGAGAGGUCACCCAACUACUGUGAGGAGGACGCAGCCACGGGGAGCGUUGGCACCCAGGGACGCCUUUGCAACCGCACCUCACCACACACGGACGGCUGUGACCUUAUGUGCUGCGGUCGAGGGUACAACACUCACCAGUACACCAAAGUGUGGCAAUGCAACUGUAAAUUCCAAUGGUGCUGCUUCGUAAAAUGCAACACGUGCAGUGAGAGGACGGAGGUGUUUACCUGCAAAUAAGGCUGCGGGAGACUCCUAUUUUCAGGAGGUGUGGCACCACGGAGUAGCUGGAUGAGGACGCCCUGACUGUUGGGUCUUGGACCAGAGAGAUGUUGAAGAUUGAAAAAGUGGAAUUGACACUAUCAGCUCUUCAUGGCAUUGUUUUGCACAGCAGAAUCUUAUCUAAUUGCUUCUCAGAAAGUAAUUGCUAAUUACCAGUAGACAACAGCCCAGAACUUUAUUGUCACAUAGAGAUCGUGAUGAUGAACGGAUGCAUCCACAGCUAAGUUUGGAGUAGAUUUUUGCAUUAUUUGAGAUUUGCAUGGACAGGAUCCCAGAGGAACGUGGGAAUAACAACAAACAAAACAAAAACAAUGACAGCAGCUGACUUAAGGUGACAAACAUGGUGGCAAACGUUUGUAAAUCCUCUUGUGUUCUCACUAAAGGGGAACUCCUACGUAAAUGUUGACAAACACCCUCGAGAUUGGCUGAGGCCUGAGUUUGAGGUGUAGACGAGAACAUUGUGUAAUGGCGGCACGUUGUGUUGCGCCAAAGUUUGAGUGGAGAACUCUAUAAAACCCUCUGCUGCCAACUGGAAUACGGCGGAGAAUGUUGGUUUUCCAGUAACACUGGAACUGUCUGUUCUGAACACUGAAAAUAAAUUGUCUAUUUAUGUUAUAGUAUCUUUAAAACAAAGCACUAACGGGUAGAGAUGUCUGUUUUUUGUACUAAAUGUAAAGACAAAUACAGUUUGGUGACUCGACUAAAAUGUGUGUCUACUAGAAGUUGUCUGGAGGAUCCCAUAACACACUUUAUCUGUUCUUUAGUGACAGGGAAGGGUAAAAAGCUUCUAAUGCUGCUGAUGUGUUGGUAGUAAAAUACAUCUUUACGGGACAUCUCAUCUCACCUAAUCCACUCACCUGUCUGGAUGGGUCUGCAACAACAACCGAUUCAUCUGCAGAAAUCCUUCCUCAAGUUAUUAAACAUGAACUUUUAAACUA